AUGGGCUCGAAAUCCGCCCCGGACACCGACCCUCCAGACCAAACCAACAUCCCCGACAACCCAGAUUGUACCACAACGACAGGAGCACCGCCCAGCAAGCUCAAACAGCUUUCUAAAGCCACUCUUCGCUUCAUCCUCCACCAAUGGCUUCUCAUCGGCAUGGGAGUAGCCUGUGUCCUGGCCUACUACUUCCCCAAUGUCGCCAAACACGGUGGCGUGAUCCGCUCCGAAUACAGCAUCCUGUACGGCGCGAUGGCCCUCAUCUUCCUGAUCUCGGGGCUUAGCAUCCCGCGCCAGAAGCUCUUCUUGCACAUGCUCAACUGGCGUCUGCAUCUUCUCGUCCAGGCCUUCUCCUUCCUCUUCAUCCCCGCCCUCAUGCUCGCUGUCGUGCACGCCAUCCUGGCCGGCGAUCCGCACGCGCAUAUCGACCGCGCCUUGCUGGCCGGGUACAUCUUCACCGCGUGCAUCCCUACCACGAUCGCCUCGAAUGUGGUCAUGACUCGCUCCGCUGGCGGAGACGAGGCCGCUGCCCUCGUUGAGGUCUUGCUAGCUAAUCUUCUGGGUCCGUUCAUCACCGCUGCUUGGACUGUCACGGUGUUGCCGGACCGUCCCGAAUUCGAGACCUGGAGACAAGGCGACGGCGAUCUGAAGGAUAUGUAUCGCGACGUGUUCAAGCAGUUGGGUCUGAGUGUGCUAUUGCCGCUUGUCGUGGGUCAAUUGGUGCGUUGGACUUGGCCCGACCCCACGGCGAGGGUGUUGCAGCGUUAUCGGAUCCCGAAGAUCGGGACUGUUUGUAUGUUGUUGUUGGUUUGGGCAACAUUCUCCUCGUGCUUCGCCACCGGCGCCCUCCAGACUCUUUCCGCACGAAGCAUCAUCUUCGUCGUCCUCUUCAACAUCGCCCUGUACAUCUUCCUCACGGCCCUCUGCUUCAUCCUGUGUCGUCCGCCCCUCGUGCUAUGCAAGCUCGGGCUCGGAGGUAAACACGUCUCUGUCUUUAAACGCAUCUCGCCUGAGGAAACCAUCGCUGUUUGUUUCUGUGGGCCGGCGAAGAGCACCGCGCUUGGUAUCCCGUUGCUUUAUGCGAUGUGGACGCCUUUGGAUCUGGUUGUUAAGGCGAAGACGUCUGUGCCGGUGUUGUUGUAUACGACGGAGCAGAUUUGUGUGGCGCAUUUCUUUGUUCAUGUGCUCGGGAGAUGGAGGAGGAGAGUGAAUGAGAGGGAGAUGAGCAUGGAGAGGGGAUUGGGGUUAGAGGUGGGGAUGGGGUGGUUUGAUUGCCAUUGCCAUUAG